AUGGUCGUUCCCUUCAUUGGAGCUGCCCUCAUCGCCCGCGUGGUCUAUCUCUACUAUUUUCAUCCGCUCGCUAAAUAUCCAGGACCGUUUCUAGCUCGGUUCACCAAUAUCUGCAAUGAGUCCGAUGAAAGGAGAUUCUUCAAUUUUCUCGGCGGACAGCACCACUUGACCGAAUGGCGUUUGCACGAGCAACAUGGGCCCGUAGUGCGCGUUGCGCCAAACUGGCUUUCAUUCUCCACUCUCGAGGACUUUGAAGCCAUCUACGGUUUCAAUAAGUCCGUGGAAAAGGACGAAUUCUACGGGUUUGGCAAAGACCAAAGCAAACGGAUCCCGAGCAUCUUUGCUACGAAAUCCGAUGCCGUCCACCGACAAAAGAAACGAAAAAUACUAAGUCCUGCUCUGACUAGCUUCAAGUCGGCGAGGUAUGCACCCAUAGUACCAAAACACGUCGAUGUUCUGCUCGCCAGGGUGGAGGCGUUGUCGUCCGUCGCAGCGAAACCAGUCAAUUUAGCCCCUCUCGUGCAUCAAUUCACAGUGGACACCAUGCUGGAGGUUAUUUUCGGACCCGCUCUCGCCUCGCAUUCCUACACAGACAAUGCUGCAGGAGAAGGGCUUCUUUCGGCCUUGCGCCAGAUGAGUAAAUUGGCAUGGAGCUUCUCUCUCUGGCCGGCGUUUGGAUGGAUUAUGAACACGCGCCCCAUCGAUGCUCUGCUUCGUAGACCGGUCCGCAACGCCAAGGGACAAAACACAGGCCUGCUCGCUCUCUUGGCUGCCUGCGGGGGGACCAUCUUUGGGCGUUCCGUGGAAGUGGUCCAACACCAGCAGCCUGGCAUCCUGAAAAGCUGGCUAGAAGUCCCCCUCGACGACGCCACCCGGAUGAAUCAGGAUGAGCUCCUAUCGGAGGCAUUCAACCUGGUUUUCGCGGGACCGGGAAGUACAUCCGCGACAAUCACCGCGCUGUUGUAUCAGCUGGGAACCGAUGAAGGUCAGGGAUGGCAGGACAGAUUGCGAAUGGCGGCGUCGGAUUUCAACGAGCUGGAGUCAUCGACGACCGCAUCCCUUCCCUUGGAGCUGCAGGCCGUCAUCAAAGAGACCCUCCGUUUGCACGCCGCCUUUCCUACAGCGUUUCCUCGCGUCAUCCGGCCAGGCGCCGAGACAAUCAUUGCCAGAUUGGACUCCCCGCUGCCUGUGGGCACGAGAGUGUCGGCCAAUACGUACGUUCUAGGCCAGUCGCGCGAGAUCUGGGGUGACACGGCGGACCAAUGGUUACCGCAGCGAUGGCUGGGGGAUGAGUCACAGCGGCGAGACAUGGAUUCCAAAUCUGUGGCUUUCAGCAAAGGCGCGCGAGGCUGCGCAGGGAAAGACCUGGCCUGGCUGGUGAUUGCUCAAGCGGUGAUGGCGACCGUUCGGCGAUGGAGAAUCCGGGCGGUGGGGGAGCUGCGAGGGAAAGGCUUCGUGGAAAUGCAGUACGAUGAUUGCUGGGUGGAAUACGAACCGAUUGAGUCUUCGUAA